GGUUCGGGAUGAGUGCACACUGGUCUUCAAACAGAAUCUUAAAGGAGGGGGGUAAUGUCAAUUGAGCUCGAGUUGAUACCAUACCCAUGGUUGAUACAAUACGUCCAUGUGAGGAAUCAAAGGAAUAAUAAUUUUGCUGAUGGUUCAACUCGCUAAUUGGAUUUGUAUUGUAGGGUGACCUGCAGUGACACACCAUGUCACGCGUAUCACCAAGGAAUGACGGGGACAUUUCCCCCAGGGGAGAUGAAACUACCCGAACUUUGCUCGUACGACCCGCGUCAUCCCAUGGAGAUCCGAUUUCCUCUAUAAAUCCGAACGAUCCGGUCCCGGAUAAACCGGUAUACAGACCAGAUAAAUUGCCGCCUAUCGAGUUGCCGGAUGAUCGGGUUUUUACCAAGAGAUCUCCAAGGGGAAUCUUUACCGUCUCAGGUGAAACGUCAUCUACUGUACACGAUAUAGAAAGGCCAUCUUCGUCUGCUGAUAUCUAUCCUGUUCCGGAGACUAUUUCUAGUCGGGGGAACACGGGCACCGAUAUUACCCCAGUUGAUGUCCCCGAUUCAAAAGGGACGAGGAACUGGUCAAAAGGAAAGAUUGUUGCAAUCGUGGUUGGUAUUACGUUGGCAGUUAUAGCAAUCUGCGGAGUGAUCGCCGGGGUCGUUGUCGUUGUCAGCAGUGGCGAAGAAACGGCGACUGUAUCCCCUACAGACCCCGUAUUUAUUGAAGAGGUUGUUGUGUCAAGUAUAAACGUCUCUGGAUCAAUGUCAUUCGGUGAUAAAGUCUUUACGGAAGCUUACAACGACUCAUCGUCGGAGGAAUAUCAAGAAUUAGAAACCAACUUUACCGUUGUAAUGGAUGCAGUAUUUUUGAGUGGAGAGUAUGCUGAUGUUUACAAUGGCACAUAUGUCACUGGUUUCAGCUCUGGGAGUAUUAUCGUCAACUUUUAUGUGGUACUUCUAGAUAUCCAAGAUUUAAUCGAAGAUACUCAAACAGAUUCCGGCAGCACAAAUGAGGAAGUCGACUCUUCCAUAUCCCUCAUAGCACAGAUUGAAACGACAGCUCUUCAAAUUGUGAAUACGGUGUUGGAAGAAGCCACCGAAGAGAAUUCAACAAGUGUCUUGGUAGCCAUUGGAAUAACUGUUGGUUCGGCAACGGUAUUAGAAGUUUCCGUCGAUGUUGAAAUAAUAACUGUAGCGCCACCGGCUAGCACACCAACUGCUGCUACAACAAUAUCAACCACCGAAUUACCAACGAACACUGCAACAACCACCACUGCAACGACCAAUGCAACAACUACCAUGCCGACGUCAACUGCAGCACCAACCACUUCGGUUGUGACCACAGGCAGUCAAACGACCACUCCUGCAGAAGUUAUGACAACAACUGACGAGGCUGAAGAAACAACAGUAUCUGAUAAUGCGACGUGUGACUUCACGUGUGGAGAUGGUAAAUGUAUUGUGUCUGAUGACAUUUGCAAUGGGGAAAAUGAUUGCUCGGAUUUCUCUGACGAAGAUCUAUGUCCUCAAUGUAGUGAUGUCCGUUUCUCUCGAUGCGGAGAAGUUCUUUCUUACAAUCGGACUUACUUUCCAAACCCAUCAGCCCGAGACCUUAAUAGUGCAAUCAGUUUGAUUGAAGAAACAACCAUCAUGGAAGAAUGUCAUGAAGACUUUCUGCUUCUCUUCUGUGGUAUGCUUUUUGCUGAUUGUCCACAUGGCGGUCCUACUCGACGUCCUUGCAGGAGCCUAUGUGAAGAAGUUACAGAGGCAUGUCGAGACUCCUUCCAAGCAACAAUGAAUGCAGAAUGGCCGAUUAAUUGUCGACUACUAAGCAACGACGACAAUCUGGAUGAAUCAUAUUGCGCUGGCGGAGAAGGCGAUCUCACAGGAGAAUCAAUGUGCGGCACUCGUCCUGCUGUAGAUGACUAUCAGUCUAGGAUAGUGGGAGGAGUCAAUACUGAUCUAGGGGAAUUCCCAUGGAUUGCUUCUGUUCGGAUGGGAGGUUACUUCUGUGGUGGCACUCUGAUCAGCAAUCAAUGGGUCUUGACUGCAGCUCACUGCGCGCAUGACGAGGAAGGUAGUGGAGAUGGUAUGGAACCUAGUGAUUUCAGCAUUACUCUUGGGGUCCGUCACCUUUUGGAAGAUCCCGAGUCCAAAGUGGAGCGAGAUGUUGACCAGGUGAUUGUCCACCCCAACUACGGUGCUUUCAAUGGAAUAGCAAAUGACAUCGCACUACUUCAUCUAUCCGAACCUGUAGAAUUCACUGAUUAUGUAAGACCAGCUUGCUUAGCUACUCUACAAAACGAGACAAUGGCGUACAGUCGAUGUUGGAUCGCAGGAUGGGGAAGCAUGCACUCAGAAGGUUCCCUUUCCAACGAUCUUCAGAAAGCAUUUGUUAACCUCAUUGAACAUGAUGUAUGUGCUGACCUAUAUAGUCAAUACAACAUUGUCGAAGAAGCAGAGAUCUGUGCAGGCUAUAUUCAAGGCGGAGUUGAUUCUUGUCAGGGUGACAGCGGAGGCCCACUAACUUGUGAGGGUUCUGAUGGUCGCUGGCAUCUGGUAGGAUCUACGAGUUGGGGUGUCGGGUGUGCCGAGCCAAAUUACCCUGGGGUCUAUGCCAGGAUUUCACAAUACACUCGGUGGAUUCAGGAUACCAUGGGAUCCGUUGAUAAUGAAAACAUCAUUGAGGUAUCAAGUACUGGGUUCGGUGCCGGUGACUCGGUGACUAUCCUGUCACCCAACUACCCAGAUCAUUACAUGAACCAUGCAAGAAGGGAAUGGCUUGUGUCCGGACCAGAAGAUACACAGAUAGUAGCAAUUUUUCACGCUUUUGAACUCAGUUACGGCCAUGAUCUCUUGAUUAUUGGCUCUGGUCUCAACACGAGUGAUCAAUCAUCACACCUGGUGAUCCUUACUGGUUAUGUGCUUCCAGAAGACGUUGUAUCUACAAACAAUGAAAUGUGGCUGAAGUUUACUUCUGAUGGUUUGGACACGGCGACCGGAUUCUGGAUAGAAAUCAUGGUCUAUGAACCGGCCAACAUUACAGGUGUGGCAAAUGGCAGUGAAGUUAGUACUGUUGAUCACGGUGAAUCUUUAACCAUCGUUUCUCCAAACUAUCCUGGAUACUAUCACAACGACGCGAAUAUGCAGUGGCUUGUUGCAGGACCGAACAACUAUCAGAUCGUGGCAAGUUUUCAGGCCUUUCAUCUGGAAGACAGAUAUGACUUCCUCAGAAUCGGUUCGGGUUUGGAUCCGGAGAUUAGGUCGUCGCAGUUAGUCAAGCUGUCUGGUGACGAAUUGCCCGAUGACGUUGUAUCACGUAACAAUGAGAUGUGGGUCGUAUUCACCUCUGAUUACUCGGAAACAAGGACAGGAUUUUGGAUGGAGAUCACGGUGUUCAAAAGAGAUAAUUCUUCUGAUGAAUGCAAUUUCAUGUGUGGUGAUGGCGCGUGUCUUGCAUCCGAAAAAGUAUGCAAUGGAGAAAACGAUUGCCGAGAUUUCUCAGACGAAGAUCAAUGUCCCCAAUGCACCGAUCUUCAGUUCCCACGAUGUGAAGAAGUACUCUCAUACGAUCGGACUUACUUCCCAAACCCAUCAGCCCAAGACCGUGAUACUGCAAUCGAUUUGAUUGAAGGAGCAAGCAUCAUGGAAGAAUGUCAUGAAGACUUUCUGCUUCUCUUCUGUGCUAUGCUUUUUGCUGAUUGUCCACACGGCGGUCCUUCUCGACGCCCUUGCAGGAGCCUAUGUGAAGAGGUCACACAUGCUUGUCGGGAAUCAUACGUUGAAUCGAUGAAUGCAGACUGGCCAAUAGAUUGUAGACAACUGAGUGAUGACGAAAAUGUUGACAAUGAUUACUGUACUGGAGGAGAAGGCGAUCUAUCAGACGAAGGUAUAUGUGGCACCCGUCCUGCAGUAGAUGAUUACCACUCUAGAAUAGUGGGAGGAGUGGAUGCUGAUCUAGGAGAAUUCCCUUGGAUUGCUACUGUUCGAAGGGGUUGGGCUCUCUGCGGUGGUACGUUGAUUAACAACCAAUGGAUCCUGACUGCAGCUCACUGCGCAGAUGACGGGGAGGGUAGUGGAGAUGGCAUGGACCUGAGUGAUUUCACCGUUACUCUUGGAAUCCGUCACUUAUUGGAACACUCCGACUCCAAGGUGGAGCUGGGGGUCGAUCGAGUAAUCGUGCAUCCUAAUUAUGGUGAUAUCAAUGGAAUAGCAAAUGAUCUUGCACUCCUUCGUCUCUCGGAAUCUGUCGAAUUCAAUGAAUAUGUAAGACCAGCUUGCCUAGCAACACUUCAAAAUGAAACAACAGUAUACAGGAGAUGUUGGAUCGCAGGAUGGGGAACUUUGGAAUCUGGAGGUACUAUUUCGAAUGAUCUCCAGAAAGCUUUGGUCCAUCUUAUCGAUCACGACACAUGCCACAAUCUCUACCAUCUCUAUAGUGGAUACAGUAUCGUAGAAGAGGCAGAAAUUUGUGCUGGAUACAUUGAAGGUGGAAUAGAUUCGUGCCAGGGUGACAGUGGAGGACCGUUAACUUGUCAGGGUUCUGAUGGCCGCUGGCAUCUGGUAGGAUCUACGAGUUGGGGUGUAGGAUGUGCUCAGCCUAACUACCCAGGGGUCUACGCCAGGAUCUCCCAGUACACAGACUGGAUUAUGGAUAAUCUAGGAGAUGAUAAUGGUGAAGGAAAUGAUGACGUUGAAGAGUUUGACUUUGGUCAGACUGUGAUGAUCGUUUCGCCAAAUUUUCCCAACAACUAUGGAAAUAAUGCAAGGAUGGAAUGGCUUGUAUCUGGUCCAGAAGAUUCUCAGAUUGUGGCCAUCUUUAACUCCUUUGAAUUAGAAUAUAGAUAUGAUUUCUUAUAUAUCGGUUCGGGUCUUGAUUCAACCGAUCAAACUUCACGGCUUGAGAGACUAACGGGUUAUGAUCUACCUGGAGACGUGUUGUCUGUUAACAAUGAGAUGUGGUUGACUUUUACUUCAGACGGCUCCGACACACGACAGGGAUUCUCUUUAGAAAUAUCAGCUCUUAAUAUUUCAGAUAAUUCAACUGGUGAUUGUGACUUCAUGUGUGGUGAUGGUAGCUGCUUGGAUUCUAAUGACGUAUGUAACGGUGAAAACGAUUGCUCGGAUUUCUCCGAUGAAGAUUUAUGUCCUCAGUGCACCGAUCUUCAAUUUUCAACCUGUGAAGAAGUACUCUCCUACGAUCGGACUUACUUCCCAAACCCAUCAGCCCAAGACCGUGAUACCGCAAUCAGUUUGAUUGAAGGAACAAGCAUCGUGGAAGAAUGUCAUGAAGACUUUCUGCUUCUCUUCUGUGGUAUGCUUUUUGCUGACUGUCCCCAUGGAGGUCCUUCUAGACGCCCUUGUAAGACGCUUUGUGAGGAAGUCACAGAUGCAUGUCAAGUAUCUUACAACAUAUUGAUGGAUAAAGACUGGCCCAUUGAUUGCAAUCAAUUAAGUGAUGAAGGGAAUGUUGAAGAGACAUACUGUAAUGGCGGAGAGGGAGAUCUAACGGAGGAAUCCGUGUGCGGUACUCGUCCAGCUGUAGAUGACUAUCAGUCUAGAAUAGUGGGAGGAGUCAAUGCUGAACUAGGAGAAUUCCCAUGGAUUGCUUCUGUUCGGAUGGGAGGUUACUUCUGUGGUGGUACUCUGAUCAGCAAUCAAUGGGUCUUGACUGCAGCCCACUGCGCAGAUGGAAUGGUAGCCAGUGAUUUCACCAUCACCCUCGGAAUUCGCCAUUUGUCAGAUAACCAUGAGCAUAAGGAGGUAAGAGGAGCUGACGAAGUCAUCAUGCAUCCAAAUUACGGCGCUAUUAAUGGAAUAGCAAAUGAUAUCGCACUUCUUCACCUAUCCGAACCUAUAGAAUUCACUGACUAUGUAAGACCUGCUUGCUUAGCUACUCUACAAAACGAGACGAUGGCAUACAGACGGUGUUGGAUCGCAGGAUGGGGAACUACGUACUCUGGAGGGUCGAUUUCGGAUGAUCUCCAAAAAGCUUUGGUCAAUCUCAUUCAUCAUGACGUUUGCUCUGAGCUGUAUGGUGUUUCCAGCAUUGUAGAAGAAGCAGAGAUAUGUGCUGGAUAUGUAGAAGGUGGAAUAGAUUCAUGUCAGGGUGACAGCGGAGGACCGCUUGCCUGUGAAGGUGCUGAUGGUCGCUGGCAUCUUGUUGGUGCUACUAGUUGGGGUUAUGGAUGUGCUCUACCUGAUUACCCCGGAGUUUAUGCCAGGAUAUCCCAGUACACUGACUGGAUAAUGAAUAACAUGCAAAACGAAGGUGGUGAAAAUGAUGACAUUGAAGAGUUUGACUAUGGUCAGACUGUGAUGAUCGUUUCGCCAAAUUUUCCCAACAACUAUGGAAAUAAUGCAAGGAUGGAAUGGCUUGUAUCUGGUCCAGACGAUUCUCAGAUUGUGGCCAUUUUUAACUCCUUUGAUCUAGAAUAUAGAUAUGAUAUCUUAUAUAUCGGUUCGGGUCUUGAUUCAACCGAUCAAACUUCACGGCUUGCGAGACUAACAGGUUAUGAUCUACCUGGAGACGUGUUGUCCGUUAACAAUGAGAUGUGGUUGACUUUUACUUCAGACGGCUCCUACACACGACAGGGAUUUUCUUUAGAAAUCUCAGCUCUUAAUAUUUCAGAUGAGGUCAAUAGCACAGACAUCAGCAUGUUUGGAUACGGUGAAUCCUUGACAAUCGUUUCACCUAACUAUCCGGAUACUUAUCCUAACGACGCUAAUGUGGAGUGGCUCGUAUCUGGGCCAGCAAAUUACCGGAUUGUCGCCAAGUUUCACGCUUUCGAACUUGAAUAUCGCUACGACUACCUCAGAAUCGGUUCCGGUUUAGAUUCUCAAGAUCCUUCAACUGAGUUGGCUAAUUUGACUGGAUACUCUUUGCCCGAUGACGUUAUUUCCGAUAACAAUCAUAUGUGGUUGAACUUUACAUCUGAUUACUCAGAGAGAAGGACCGGGUUUUUUAUUCAAAUCAGUGUGUUUGAAACUGAUAAUUCUACCAACGAAUGUGAUUUCAUGUGCAAUGAUGGCAGCUGUUUGGGAUCUAAAGAUGUGUGCAAUGGUGAAAAUGACUGUGCCGACUUUUCCGAUGAAGAUUUAUGUCCACAAUGCAGUGAUGUCCUUUUCUCACGAUGUGAAGCAGUGCUGUCAUACAAUAGGACUUACUUCCCAAACCCAACAGCCCAAGACCGUGAUACUGCAAUCAGUUUGAUUGAAGAAACAACCGUCAUGGAAGAAUGCCAUGAAGACUUUCUGCUUCUCUUCUGUGCUAUGCUUUUUGCUGACUGUCCCCAUGGAGGUCCUGCUCAACGUCCUUGCAAAUAUGUUUGUGAGGAAGUUUCAGAGGCAUGUCAAGACUCCUUCCAAACAACAAUAAAUGCAGAAUGGCCGAUUGACUGUAACGAACUUAGUGAUGAAGAUAAUGUUGAGGGGUCUUUCUGUGUUGGUGGAGAAGGCGAUCUCACAGAGGAGUCUAUAUGCGGCACCCGUCCUGCUAUAGAUGACUAUCAGUCUAGAAUAGUGGGAGGAGUCAAUGCUGAUCUAGGGGAAUUCCCAUGGAUUGCUUCUGUUCGGAUGGGAGGUUACUUCUGUGGUGGUACUCUGAUCAGCAAUCAAUGGGUCUUGACUGCAGCCCACUGCGCAGAAGGAAUGGUAGCCAGUGAUUUCACCAUCACCCUCGGAAUUCGCCAUUUGUCAGAUAACCACGAGCAUAAGGAGGUAAGAGGGGCUGACAAUGUCAUCAUGCAUCCAAAUUACGGCGAUAUUAAUGGAAUAGCAAACGAUAUUGCACUACUUCAUCUAUCCGAACCUGUAGAAUUCACUGACUAUGUAAGACCUGCUUGCUUAGCUACUCUACAAAACGAGACGAUGGCAUACAGACGGUGUUGGAUCGCAGGAUGGGGAACUACGUACUCUGGAGGAUCGAUUUCGGAUGAUCUCCAAAAAGCUUUGGUCAAUCUCAUUCAUCAUGACGUUUGCUCUGAGCUGUAUGGUGUUUCCAGCAUUGUAGAAGAAGCAGAGAUAUGUGCUGGAUAUGUAGAAGGUGGAAUAGAUUCAUGUCAGGGUGACAGCGGAGGACCGCUUGCCUGUGAAGGUGCUGAUGGUCGCUGGCAUCUUGUUGGUGCUACUAGUUGGGGUUAUGGAUGUGCUCUACCUGAUUACCCCGGAGUUUAUGCCAGGAUAUCCCAGUACACCGAUUGGAUUAUGAACAACAUGCAAAACGAAGGUGGUGAAAAUGAUGACAUUGAAGAGUUUGACUAUGGUCAGACUGUGAUGAUCGUUUCGCCAAAUUUUCCCAACAACUAUGGAAAUAAUGCAAGGAUGGAAUGGCUUGUAUCUGGUCCAGACGAUUCUCAGAUUGUGGCCAUUUUUAACUCCUUUGAUCUAGAAUAUAGAUAUGAUAUCUUAUAUAUCGGUUCGGGUCUUGAUUCAACCGAUCAAACUUCACGGCUUGCGAGACUAACAGGUUAUGAUCUACCUGGAGACGUGUUGUCCGUUAACAAUGAGAUGUGGUUGACUUUUACUUCAGACGGCUCCUACACACGACAGGGAUUCUCUUUAGAAAUCUCAGCUCUUAAUAUUUCAGAUGAGGUCAAUAGCACAGACAUCAGCAUGUUUGGAUACGGUGAAUCCUUGACAAUCGUUUCACCUAACUAUCCGGAUACUUAUCCUAACGACGCUAACAUGGAGUGGCUCGUAUCUGGGCCAGCAAAUUACCGGAUUGUCGCCAAGUUUCACGCUUUCGAACUUGAAUAUCGCUACGACUAUCUCAGAAUCGGUUCCGGUUUAGAUUCUCAAGAUCCUUCAACUGAGUUGGCUAAUUUGACUGGAUACUCUUUGCCCGAUGACGUUAUUUCCAAUAACAAUCAUAUGUGGUUGAACUUUACAUCUGAUUACUCAGAGAGAAGGACCGGGUUUUUUAUUCAAAUCAGUGUGUUUGAAACUGAUAAUUCUACCAACGAAUGUGAUUUCAUGUGCAAUGAUGGCAGCUGUUUGGGAUCUAAAGAUGUGUGCAAUGGUGAAAAUGACUGUGCCGACUUUUCCGAUGAAGAUUUAUGUCCACAAUGCAGUGAUGUCCUUUUCUCACGAUGUGAAGCAGUGCUGUCAUACAAUAGGACUUACUUCCCAAACCCAACAGCCCAAGACCGUGAUACUGCAAUCAGUUUGAUUGAAGAAACAACCAUCAUGGAAGAAUGCCAUGAAGACUUUCUGCUUCUCUUCUGUGCUAUGCUUUUUGCUGACUGUCCCCAUGGAGGUCCUGCUCAACGUCCUUGCAAAUAUGUUUGUGAGGAAGUUACAGAGGCAUGUCGAGACUCCUUCCAAACAACAAUAAAUGCAGAAUGGCCGAUUGACUGUAACGAACUUAGUGAUGAAGAUAAUGUUGAGGGGUCUUUCUGUAUUGGUGGAGAAGGCGAUCUCACAGAGGAGUCUAUAUGUGGCACCCGUCCUGCUGUAGAUGACUAUCAUUCUAGAAUAGUGGGAGGAGUCAAUGCUGAUCUAGGGGAAUUCCCAUGGAUUGCUUCUGUUCGGAUGGGAGGUUACUUCUGUGGUGGUACUCUGAUCAGCAAUCAAUGGGUCUUGACUGCAGCCCACUGCGCAGAAGGAAUGGUAGCCAGUGAUUUCACCAUCACCCUCGGAAUUCGCCAUUUGUCUGAUAACCACGAGCAUAAGGAGGUAAGAGGUGCUGACGACGUCAUCAUGCAUCCAAAUUAUGGCGAUAUUAAUGGAAUAGCAAACGAUAUCGCACUACUUCAUCUAUCUGAACCUGUAGAAUUCACUGACUAUGUGAGACCUGCUUGCUUAGCUACUCUACAAAACGAGACGAUGGCAUACAGACGCUGUUGGAUCGCAGGAUGGGGAACUACGUAUUCUGGAGGAUCUAUUUCGGAUGAUCUCCAAAAAGCUUUGGUCAAUCUCAUUCAUCAUGACGUUUGCUCUGAGCUGUAUGGUGUUUCCAGCAUUGUAGAAGAAGCAGAGAUAUGUGCUGGAUAUGUAGAAGGUGGAAUAGAUUCAUGUCAGGGUGACAGCGGAGGACCGCUUGCCUGUGAAGGUGCUGAUGGUCGCUGGCAUCUUGUUGGUGCUACCAGUUGGGGUUAUGGAUGUGCUCUACCUGAUUACCCCGGAGUUUAUGCCAGGAUAUCCCAGUACACCGAUUGGAUUAUGAAUAACAUGCAAAACGAAGGGCCUGCAAGUAGCAUGCCACCCGAUGAAUCAACAUCUUCCUCAAUCUUAAUAAGCACAGGAGAAACAACAACGACUUCCCAGAAUAAACAGACCCCAAGUUCAACUUGGGAACCUAUUACAGCAGUUGAAGUCACUUUAGGUGAUGGUUUUACAACACAAUCACCAAUAACGCAGGACAAAACAACAACUGUUUCUGUUGCCACUACCCAACCUUUUACCGCCGAACCGACAACAACGUCAACUACAAGUACCACUAGAGCGCCAUCAACAUAUGCACCUACAACCCAUUCCACUACACGAUCACCAACUACACAAGACAAAACGACAACUGUCUCUAUUACCACUACCCAACCUUCUACCGCCGAACCGACAUCAACGUCAACUACAAGGAAACCAAGUACCACUGGAGCACCAUCAACAAAUGCGCCUACAACCCAUUCCACUACACGGUCACCAACUACACAAGACAAAACAACGACUGACUCUGUUACCAGUACCCAACCUUCUACCGCCGAACCGACAACAACGUCAACUACAAAGAAUCCAAGUACCACUGGAGCACCAUCAACAAAUGCACCUACAACCCAUUCCACUACACGGUCACCAACUACACAAGACAAAACAACGACUGACUCUGUUACCAGUACCCAACCUUCUACCGCCGAACCGACAACAACGUCAACUACAAAGAAUCCAAGUACCACUGGAGCACCAUCAACAAAUGCACCUACAACCCAUUCCACUACACGGUCACCAACUACACAAGACAAAACAACAACUGUCUCUGUUACCACUACCCAACCUUCUACCGCCGAAACGACAUCAAGGUCAAAUACAAGGAAACCAAGUACCACUGGAGCACCAUCAACAAAUGCGCCUACAACCCAUUCCUCUACACGAUCACCAACUACACAAGACAAAACAACAACUGUCUCUGUUACUACUACCCAACCUUCUACCGCCGAACCUACAACAACGUCAACUACAAAAAAUCCAAGUACCACUGGAGCACCAUCAACAAAUGCACCUACAACCCAUUCCACUACACGGUCACCAACUACACAAGACAAAACGACAACUGUCUCUGUUACCACUACCCAACCUUCUACCGCCGAACCGACAUCAAGGUCAAAUACAAGGAAACCAAGUACCACUGGAGCACCAUCAACAAAUGCGCCUACAACCCAUUCCACUACACGAUCACCAACUACACAAGACAAAACAACAACUGUUUCUGUUACCACUACCAAAACUUCUACCGCAGAACCAACAACAACGUCAACUACAAAAAAUCCAAGUACCACUGGAGCACCAUCAACAAAUGCACCUACAACCCAUUCCACUACACGGUCACCAACUACACAAGACAAAACAACAACUGUUUCUGUUACUACUACCCAACCUUCUACCGCCGAACCGACAACAACGUCAACUACAAAGAAUCCAAGUACCACUGGAGCACCAUCAACAAAUGCACCUACAACCCAUUCCACUACACGGUCACCAACUACACAAGACAAAACGACAACUGUUUCUGUUACCACUACCCAACCUUCUACCGCCGAACCGACAACAACGUCAACUACAAAGAAUCCAAGUACCACUGGAGCACCAUCAACAAAUGCACCUACAACCCAUUCCACUACACGGUCACCAACUACACAAGACAAAACGACAACUGUUUCUGUUACCACUACCCAACCUUCUACCGCCGAACCGACAUCAACGUCAACUACAAGGAAUCCAAGUACCACUGGAGCACUAUCAACAAAUGCACAUACAACCCAUUCCACUGCACAGUCACCAACUACACAAGACAAAACUACAACUGUUUCUGUUACAAAUACCCAACCAUCCACUGCCAAACCGGCAACUUCGUCUUCUGUGACAACAAAGAAUUCAAGUACCUCAUGGACACCACCUACGACAGAAGUAUCACCAACUAAUACUUCAGGAGAUUUUACUUCACCACAAACAAACACAGUUGAGGGAACCACCAAUGCUGUUAUAACAACCAGUGAAUCGUACACUUCUGAAUCUAGAUCGACACGAUCCCCUAUAUCUUCAGCGGAAGUAACGACAUCAGGUUCUACUGAUGUAUCAACAACGGACGAAAAUUUGACCGGGAGUUCGACUUCUACAGAUACAGCUUCAGGUAAUUCCACUGAUGAAUGUAACUUCGUUUGUGGAGAUGGUACCUGUCUGGAAUCUGAUGAUGUCUGCAAUGGUGAAAAUGACUGCUCAGAUUUCUCUGAUGAAGAUUUAUGUCCACCAUGCAGUGAUAUAAAUUUAUCACGAUGUGAAGCAGUACUCUCCUACGAUCGGACUUACUUCCCAAACCCAUCAGCCCAAGACCGUGAUACUGCAAUCAGUUUAAUUGAAGAAACAACCAUCAUGGAAGAAUGUCAUGAAGACUUUCUGCUUCUCUUCUGUGCUAUGCUUUUUGCUGACUGCCCGCAUGGAGGUCCUUCCAGACGCCCUUGUAAGACACUCUGCGAGGAAGUCACAGAUGCAUGUCAAGUAUCUUACACCACAUUGAUGGAUAAAGACUGGCCCAUUGAUUGCAAUCAAUUAAGUGAUGAAGGGAAUGUGGAAGAGACAUACUGUAAUGGUGGAGAAGGAGAUCUAACGGAGGAAUCCGUAUGCGGUACUCGUCCAGCUGUAGAUGACUAUCAGUCUCGAAUAGUGGGAGGAGUUAAUGCUGAACUAGGGGAAUUCCCAUGGAUUGCUAAUCUUCGAAUGAAUGGCUUCUUGUGUGGUGGUACCUUGAUUAGUAACCAAUGGGUUUUGACUGCAGCUCACUGCGCAGAUGGAAUGGAAGCCAAUGAUUUCAUCAUCACCCUUGGUAUUCGUCAUAUGUUGGAUGAUGAUGAGCAUAAGGUAGUGAGAGGGGCUGACACGGUCAUCAUGCAUCCAAAUUACCCAGCCAUUAAUGGAAUAGCAAAUGAUAUUGCACUACUCCGUCUAUCCGAACCUGUAGAAUUCACUGAUUAUGUGAGACCAGCUUGUUUAGCUACUCUACAAAACGAGACGAUGGCAUACAGUCGGUGUUGGAUCGCAGGAUGGGGAACUACGUCCCCCGGAGGUUCCAUUUCAAAUAUUCUACAGAAAGCAUUGGUAAACAUUAUCGAGCCUAACCUGUGUAGCAUGCUAUACAGUGAAUAUGGUAUUGUACCGCAAGCAGAAAUUUGUGCUGGAUACGUCGACGGUGGAGUUGAUUCAUGCCAGGGUGACAGUGGAGGACCAUUAACUUGUCAGGGUUCUGAUGGUCGCUGGCAUCUUGUAGGUGCUACUAGUUGGGGUAUAGGAUGUGCUUAUCCCAAUUACCCAGGAGUUUAUGCCAGGAUCUCGCAGUACACAGAUUGGAUUAAGGAUACAAUGGGAUUCGGAGAUUCUUCCAUUACAAAUAAUGAAGAUGAUGAAGAUCAAGAAGACGAAACGGAAAUCAGUGUAUUUGGUAUUGGCGAAUCCUUGACAGUGGUCUCCCCAAAUUUUCCUGAUAACUAUAUCAAUGGAGCUCAAUUGCAAUGGCUUGUAUCUGGUCCAGAAGAAUCCAGAAUAGUGGCCAUUAUUCAUUCCUUUGAGCUUGAACACAAACACGAUUACUUAUUAAUCGGUUCCGGUCUUGAUCCAAGCGAUCCUACUUCAUUACUUGUGAAACUGUCAGGUUCCAGUUUUCCUGAAGAAGUAGUCUCAAGCAACAAUGAGAUGUGGCUUAAUUUCACAUCAGAUAGCUCAAUCACAAGAAAAGGAUUCUGGAUAGAAAUCAUGGUGUUUGGUCCCUCCAACAUCACAGAUAAUUUCACAAACAAUGAAGUCAGUUUCUUCGGGUUUGGUGAAUCAUUGACCAUCGUAUCACCAAACUACCCUGACAAGUAUCCAAACGAUGUUGCUAUGAUCUGGCUUGUGUCUGGACCAGAAGAUUUUCAGAUUGUAGCCAAGUUUUACGCCUUUGACCUGGAAUUACCCCAUGACGUCCUUAGUAUUGGUUGGGGUCUAGAUGCCACUGAUCAGUCAUCAGAGCUGAUAAGACGUUCAGGUUCUAAUCUACCUGAAGAUGUAGUUUCCAUCAACAAUGAAAUGUGGCUAAACUUUACUUCAGAUUCUACCGUCAGGGACGAAGGAUUUUGGAUUGAGAUCACAGUUUUUGGAAAAGAGAAUUUUACAGAUAAUUUCACAAACAAUGAAGUCAGUUUCUUCGGGUUUGGUGAAUCAUUGACCAUCGUAUCACCAAACUACCCUGACAAGUAUCCAAACGAUGUUGCUAUGAUCUGGCUUGUGUCUGGACCAGAAGAUUUUCAGAUUGUAGCCAAGUUUUACGCCUUUGACCUGGAAUUACCCCAUGACGUCCUUAGUAUUGGUUGGGGUCUAGAUGCCACUGAUCAGUCAUCAGAGCUGAUAAGACGUUCAGGUUCUAAUCUACCUGAAGAUGUAGUUUCCAUCAACAAUGAAAUGUGGCUAAACUUUACUUCAGAUUCUACCGUCAGGGACGAAGGAUUUUGGAUUGAGAUCACAGUUUUUGGAAAAGAGAAUUUUACAGAUAAUUUCACAAACAAUGAAGUCAGUUUCUUCGGGUUUGGUGAAUCAUUGACCAUCGUAUCACCAAAUUACCCUGACAAGUAUCCAAACGAUGUUGCUAUGAUCUGGCUUGUGUCUGGACCAGAAGAUUUUCAGAUUGUAGCCAAGUUUUACGCCUUUGACCUGGAAUUACCCCAUGACGUCCUUAGUAUUGGUUGGGGUCUAGAUGCCACUGAUCAGUCAUCAGAGCUGAUAAGACGUUCAGGUUCUAAUCUACCUGAAGAUGUAGUUUCCAUCAACAAUGAAAUGUGGCUAAACUUUACUUCAGAUUCUACCGUCAGGGACGAAGGAUUUUGGAUUGAGAUCACAGUUUUUGGAAAAGAGAAUUUUACAGAUAAUUUCACAAACAAUGAAGUCAGUUUCUUCGGGUUUGGUGAAUCAUUGACCAUCGUAUCACCAAACUACCCUGACAAGUAUCCAAACGAUGUUGCUAUGAUCUGGCUUGUGUCUGGACCAGAAGAUUUUCAGAUUGUAGCCAAGUUUUACGCCUUUGACCUGGAAUUACCCCAUGACGUCCUUAGUAUUGGUUGGGGUCUAGAUGCCACUGAUCAGUCAUCAGAGCUGAUCAGAAGUUCAGGUUCUAAUCUACCUGAAGAUGUAGUUUCCAUCAACAAUGAAAUGUGGCUAAACUUUACUUCAGAUUCUACCGUCAGGGACGAAGGAUUUUGGAUUGAGAUCACAGUUUUUGGAAAAGAGAAUUUUACAGAUGCAGUAAACGGGAGUGAAGUCAGCAUAUUUGGCUACGACGAAUCUUUGACCAUCGUUUCACCUAAUUAUCCGAAUAAAUAUCCAAACGAUGUGAACCUACAAUGGCUUGUUUCUGGACCAGUUGACUACAAAAUAGUGGCUUUCUUCCACGCCUUCCAUCUAGAAUCCGGACAUGACUUCCUCAUAGUCGGUUCUGGGUUGGAUCCGGGGAUCCAGUCAUCGCAGUUAUUCAAAUUAUCCGGCUCAUCAUUACCUGAAGAAGUUAUUUCUGAUAAUAAUGAAAUGUGGCUCAACUUUACAUCAGACAGCUCAAAUAGAAGGACUGGAUUUUGGAUUGAAAUCAAGGUCUAUGAAGCUGAUAAUCCUACUGAUGAUUGUAACUUCAUGUGCGGAGAUGGGACCUGUUUGGAAUCUGAUGAUGUAUGUGAUGGUAAAAACGACUGCUCGGAUUUCUCUGAUGAAGAUUUAUGUCCUAAGUGUAGUGAUCUUCAAUAUUCAACCUGUGAAGCAGUACUCUCCUACGAUAGGACUUACUUCCCAAACCCAUCAGCUCAAGACCAAGAUAUUGCAAUCAGUUUAAUUGAAGGAACAACCAUCAUGGAAGAAUGUCAUGAAGACUUUCUGCUUCUCUUCUGUGGUAUGCUUUUUGCUGACUGCCCCCAUGGAGGUCCUUCUAGACGCCCUUGUAAGACGCUUUGUGAGGAAGUCACAGAUGCAUGUCAAGUAUCUUACAACAUAUUGAUGGAUAAAGACUGGCCCAUUGAUUGCAAUCAAUUAAGUGAUGAAGGGAAUGUUGAGGAAACAUACUGUAAUGGCGGAGAAGGAGAUUUAACAAAUGAAGCUGCAUGCGGUACCCGACCCGCAGUUGAUGAUUACCACUCUAGAAUAGUCGGAGGAGUUGAUGCUGAUCUAGGGGAAUUCCCGUGGAUCGCUACUGUUCAAAUGGGAGGUUUCUUUUGUGGUGGUACUUUGAUUAGUAACCAGUGGGUCUUGACUGCAGCUCACUGCGCAGAAGGAAUGGUAGCCAGUGAUUUCACCAUCACCCUCGGAAUUCGCCAUUUGUCUGAUAACCAUGAGCAUAAGGAGGUAAGAGGAGCUGACGACGUCAUCAUGCAUCCAAAUUACGGCGCUAUUAAUGGAAUAGCAAAUGAUAUCGCACUACUUCAUCUAUCCGAACCUGUAGAAUUCACUGACUAUGUGAGACCUGCUUGUUUAGCUACUCUACAAAACGAAACAAUGGCGUACAGUCGAUGUUGGAUUGCAGGAUGGGGAACCACGUACUUUGGAGCUGGUUCAAUUUCAUAUGACCUUCAAAAGGCACUUGUUCAGCUUAUUAGCGACAACACCUGUAGUUCUCUGUACAGUCAGUACAGUAUUGUAGAAGAAGCAGAAUUAUGUGCUGGUUACAUUGAAGGCGGUGUAGAUUCUUGUCAGGGCGACAGUGGAGGUCCGUUAACUUGUGAGGGUUCUGAUGGUCGCUGGCAUCUGGUAGGAUCUACGAGUUGGGGUAUAGGAUGUGCUGAGCCAAAUUACCCAGGAGUUUAUGCCAGGAUUUCACAAUAUACUGACUGGAUCAUGGAUACCAUGGGUUUUGAGGAUAAUCCAGCUGAUGAAUGUUUCUUCACUUGCGGAGACGGGACGUGUUUGGAAUCUGAUGAUGUAUGCAAUGGUGUAAAUGACUGCGCAGACUCAUCCGACGAAAAUUCAUGUCCAGAUGAUUCUACUGAUGAAUGUUACUUCACUUGCGGAGAUGGGACAUGUUUGGAAUCUGAUGAUGUGUGCAAUGGUGAAAAUGAUUGUGCGGACUUUUCCGACGAAGAUUUAUGUCCCCAAUGCAGUGACAUCAAUUUCUCACGAUGUGAAGCAGUACUCUCCUACGAUCGGAAUUAUUUUCCAAACCCAUCAGCUCAAGACCGUCAUACUGCAAUCAGUUUAAUUGAAGAAACAGCCAUCAUGGAAGAAUGUCAUGAAGACUUUCUGCUUCUCUUCUGUGGUAUGCUUUUUGCUGACUGCCCCCAUGGAGGUCCUUCUAGACGCCCUUGUAAGACGCUUUGUGAGGAAGUCACAGAUGCAUGUCAAGUAUCUUACAACAUAUUGAUGGAUAAAGACUGGCCCAUUGAUUGCAAUCAAUUAAGUGAUGAAGGGAAUGUUGAAGAAACAUACUGUAAUGGCGGAGAAGGAGAUUUAACAAAUGAAGCUGCAUGCGGUACCCGACCCGCAGUUGAUGAUUACCACUCUAGAAUAGUUGGAGGAGUUGAUGCUGAUCUAGGGGAAUUCCCGUGGAUCGCUACUGUUCAAAUGGGAGGUUUCUUUUGUGGUGGUACUUUGAUUAGUAACCAAUGGAUCUUGACUGCAGCUCACUGCGCAGAAGGAAUGGUAGCCAGUGAUUUCACCAUCACCCUCGGAAUUCGCCAUUUGUCUGAUAACCAUGAGCAUAAGGAGGUAAGAGGAGCUGACGACGUCAUCAUGCAUCCAAAUUACGGCGCUAUUAAUGGAAUAGCAAAUGAUAUCGCACUACUUCAUCUAUCCGAACCUGUAGAAUUCACUGACUAUGUGAGACCUGCUUGUUUAGCUACUCUACAAAACGAAACAAUGGCGUACAGUCGAUGUUGGAUUGCAGGAUGGGGAACCACGUACUUUGGAGCUGGUUCAAUUUCAUAUGACCUUCAAAAGGCACUUGUUCAGCUUAUUAGCGACAACACCUGUAGUUCUCUGUACAGUCAGUACAGUAUUGUAGAAGAAGCAGAAUUAUGUGCUGGUUACAUUGAAGGCGGUGUAGAUUCUUGUCAGGGCGACAGUGGAGGUCCGUUAACUUGUCAGGGUUCUGAUGGUCGCUGGCAUCUGGUAGGAUCUACGAGUUGGGGUAUAGGAUGUGCUGAGCCAAAUUACCCAGGAGUUUAUGCCAGGAUUUCACAAUAUACUGACUGGAUCAUGGAUACCAUGGGUUUUGAGGAUAAUCCAGCUGAUGAAUGUUACUUCACUUGCGGAGACGGGACGUGUUUGGAAUCUGAUGAUGUAUGCAAUGGUGUAAAUGACUGCGCAGACUCAUCCGACGAAAAUUCAUGUCCAGAUGAUUCUACUGAUGAAUGUUACUUCACUUGCGGAGAUGGGACAUGUUUGGAAUCUGAUGAUGUGUGCAAUGGUGAAAAUGAUUGUGCGGACUUUUCCGACGAAGAUUUAUGUCCCCAAUGCAGUGACAUCAAUUUCUCACGAUGUGAAGCAGUACUCUCCUACGAUCGGACUUACUUUCCAAACCCAUCAGCUCAAGACCGUGAUACUGCAAUCAGUUUAAUUGAAGAAACAACCAUCAUGGAAGAAUGUCAUGAAGACUUUCUGCUUCUCUUCUGUGGUAUGCAUUUUGCCGACUGUCCCCAUGGAGGUCCUUCCAGACGCCCCUGUAAGACACUCUGCGAGGAAGUCACAGAUGCAUGUCGAGGAUCUUACACCACAUUGAUGGAUAAAGACUGGCCCAUUGAUUGCAAUCAAUUAAGUGAUGAAGGGAAUGUUGAAGAGACAUUCUGUAAUGGCGGAGAAGGAGAUCUAACGGAGGAAUCCGUGUGCGGUACUCGUCCAGCUGUAGAUGACUAUCAGUCUCGAAUAGUGGGAGGAGUUAAUGCUGAACUAGGGGAAUUCCCAUGGAUUGCUAAUCUUCGAAUGAAUGGUUUCUUGUGUGGUGGUACCUUGAUUAGUAACCAAUGGGUUUUGACAGCAGCUCACUGCGCAGAUGGAAUGGAAGCCAAUGAUUUCAUCAUCACCCUUGGUAUUCGUCAUAUAUCGGAUGAUGAUGAGCAUAAGGUAGUGAGAGGGGCUGACACGGUCAUCAUGCAUCCAAAUUACCCAGCCAUUAAUGGAAUAGCAAAUGAUAUUGCACUACUCCGUUUAUCCGAACCUGUAGAAUUCACUGAUUAUGUGAGACCAGCUUGUUUAGCUACUCUACAAAACGAGACGAUGGCAUACAGUCGGUGUUGGAUCGCAGGAUGGGGAACUACGUCCCCCGGAGGUUCCAUUUCAAAUAUUCUACAGAAAGCAUUGGUAAACAUUAUCGAGCCUAACCUGUGUAGCAUGCUAUACAGUGAAUAUGGUAUUGUACCUCACGCAGAAAUUUGUGCUGGAUACGUCGACGGUGGAGUUGAUUCAUGCCAGGGUGACAGUGGAGGACCAUUAACUUGUGAGGGUUCUGAUGGUCGCUGGCAUCUUGUAGGUGCUACUAGUUGGGGUAUCGGAUGUGCUUAUCCCAAUUACCCAGGAGUUUAUGCCAGGAUCUCGCAGUACACAGAUUGGAUUAAGGAUACAAUGGGAUUCGGAGAUUCUUCCAUUACAAAUAAUGAAGAUGAUGAAGAUCAAGAAGACGAAACUGAAAUCAGUGUAUUUGGUAUUGGCGAAUCCUUGACAGUGGUCUCCCCAAAUUUUCCUGAUAACUAUAUCAAUGGAGCUCAAAUGCAAUGGCUUGUAUCUGGUCCAGAAGAAUCCAGAAUAGUGGCCAUUAUUCAUUCCUUUGAGCUUGAACACAAACACGAUUACUUAUUAAUCGGUUCAGGUCUUGAUCCAAGCGACCAUACUUCAUUACUUGUGAAACUGUCAGGUUCCAGUUUUCCUGAAGAAGUAGUCUCAAGCAACAAUGAGAUGUGGCUUAAUUUCACAUCAGAUAGCUCAAUCACAAGAAAAGGAUUCUGGAUAGAAAUAAUGGUGUUUGGUUCCUCCAACAUCACAGAUAAUUUCACAAACAAUGAAGUCAGUUUCUUCGGGUUUGGUGAAUCAUUGACCAUCGUAUCACCAAAUUACCCUGACAAGUAUCCAAACGAUGUUGCUAUGAUCUGGCUUGUGUCUGGACCAGAAGAUUUUCAGAUUGUAGCCAAGUUUUACGCCUUUGACCUGGAAAUACCCCAUGACGUCCUUAGUAUUGGUUGGGGUCUAGAUGCCACUGAUCAGUCAUCAGAGCUGAUAAGACGUUCAGGUUCUAAUCUACCUGAAGAUGUAGUUUCCAUCAACAAUGAAAUGUGGCUAAACUUUACUUCAGAUUCUACCGUCAGGGACGAAGGAUUUUGGAUUGAGAUAACAGUUUUUGGAAAAGAGAAUUUUACAGAUAAUUUCACAAGCAAUGAAGUCAGUUUCUUCGGGUUUGGUGAAUCAUUGACCAUCGUAUCACCAAACUACCCUGACAAGUAUCCAAACGAUGUUGCUAUGAUCUGGCUUGUGUCUGGACCAGAAGAUUUUCAGAUUGUAGCCAAGUUUUACGCCUUUGACCUGGAAUUACCCCAUGACGUCCUUAGUAUUGGUUGGGGUCUAGAUGCCACUGAUCAGUCAUCAGAGCUGAUAAGAAGUUCAGGUUCUAAUCUACCUGAAGAUGUAGUUUCCAUCAACAAUGAAAUGUGGCUAAACUUUACUUCAGAUUCUACCGUCAGGGACGAAGGAUUUUGGAUUGAGAUCACAGUUUUUGGAAAAGAGAAUUUUACAGAUGCAGUAAACGGGAGUGAAGUCAGCAUAUUUGGCUACGACGAAUCUUUGACCAUCGUUUCACCUAAUUAUCCGAAUAAAUAUCCAAACGAUGUGAACCUACAAUGGCUUGUUUCUGGACCAGUUGACUACAAAAUAGUGGCUUUCUUCCACGCCUUCCAUCUAGAAUCCGGACAUGACUUCCUCAUAGUCGGUUCUGGGUUGGAUCCGGGGAUCCAGUCAUCGCAGUUAUUCAAAUUAUCCGGCUCGUCAUUACCUGAAGAAGUUAUUUCUGAUAAUAAUGAAAUGUGGCUCAACUUUACAUCAGACAGCUCAAAUAGAAGGACUGGAUUUUGGAUUGAAAUCAAGGUCUAUGAAGCUGAUAAUCCUACUGAUGAUUGUAACUUCAUGUGCGGAGAUGGGACCUGUUUGGAAUCUGAUGAUGUAUGUGAUGGUAAAAACGACUGCUCGGAUUUCUCUGACGAAGAUUUAUGUCCUGAGUGUACCGAUCUUCAAUAUUCAACCUGUGAAGCAGUACUCUCCUACGAUCGGACUUACUUUCCAAACCCAUCAGCUCAAGACCGUGAUAUUGCAAUUAGUUUAAUUGAAGAAACAACCAUCAUGGAAGAAUGUCAUGAAGACUUUCUGCUUCUCUUCUGUGCUAUGCUUUUUGCUGACUGUCCCCAUGGAGGUCCUUCUAGACGUCCUUGUAAGACACUCUGUGAGGAAGUCACAGAUGCAUGUCAAGUAUCUUACAACAUAUUGAUGGAUAAAGACUGGCCCAUUGAUUGCAAUCAAUUAAGUGAUGAAGGGAAUGUUGAAGAAACAUACUGUAAUGGCGGAGAAGGAGAUUUAACGAAUGAAGCUGCAUGCGGUACCCGACCUGCAGUUGAUGAUUACCACUCUAGAAUAGUCGGAGGAGUUGAUGCUGAUCUAGGGGAAUUCCCGUGGAUCGCUACUGUUCAAAUGGGAGGUUUCUUUUGUGGGGGUACCUUGAUUAGUAACCAGUGGGUCUUGACUGCAGCUCACUGCGCAGAAGGAAUGGUUGCCAGUGAUUUCACCAUCACCCUCGGAAUUCGCCAUUUGUCUGAUAACCAUGAGCAUAAGGAGGUAAGAGGAGCUGACGACGUCAUCAUGCAUCCAAAUUAUGGCGCUAUUAAUGGAAUAGCAAAUGAUAUUGCACUUCUUCAUCUAUCCGAACCUGUAGAAUUCACUGACUAUGUGAGACCUGCUUGUUUAGCUACUCUACAAAACGAAACAAUGGCGUACAGUCGAUGUUGGAUUGCAGGAUGGGGUACCACGUACUUUGGAGCUGGUUCAAUUUCAUACGACCUUCAAAAGGCACUUGUUCAGCUUAUUAGCGACAACACCUGUAGUUCUCUGUACAGUCAGUACAGUAUUGUAGAAGAAGCAGAAUUAUGUGCUGGUUACAUUGAAGGCGGUGUAGAUUCUUGUCAGGGCGACAGUGGAGGUCCGUUAACUUGUCAGGGUUCUGAUGGUCGCUGGCAUCUGGUAGGAUCUACGAGUUGGGGUAUAGGAUGUGCUGAGCCAAAUUACCCAGGAGUUUAUGCCAGGAUUUCACAAUAUACUGACUGGAUCAUGGAUACCAUGGGUUUUGAGGAUAAUCCAGCUGAUGAAUGUUACUUCACUUGUGGAGACGGGACUUGUUUGGAAUCUGAUGAUGUAUGCAAUGGUGUAAAUGACUGCGCAGACUCAUCCGACGAAAAUUCAUGUCCAGAUGAUUCUACCGAUGAAUGUUACUUCACUUGCGGAGAUGGGACAUGUUUGGAAUCUGAUGACGUGUGCAAUGGUGAAAAUGAUUGUGCAGACUUUUCUGACGAAGAUUUAUGUCCCCAAUGCAGUGACAUCAAUUUCUCACGAUGUGAAGCAGUACUCUCCUACGAUCGGACUUACUUUCCAAACCCAUCAGCCCAAGACCAAGAUACUGCAAUCAGUUUGAUUGAAGAAACAACCAUCAUGGAAGAAUGUCAUGAAGACUUUCUGCCUCUCUUCUGUGCUAUGCUUUUUGCUGACUGUCCCCAUGGAGGUCCUUCUAGACGCCCUUGUAAGACGCUUUGUGAGGAAGUCACAGAUGCAUGUCAAGUAUCUUACAACAUAUUGAUGGAUAAAGACUGGCCCAUUGAUUGCAAUCAAUUAAGUGAUGAAGGGAAUGUUGAAGAAACAUACUGUAAUGGUGGAGAAGGAGAUUUAACGAAUGAAGCUGCAUGCGGUACCCGACCCGCUGUUGAUGAUUACCAAUCUAGAAUAGUCGGAGGAGUUGAUGCUGAUUUAGGGGAAUUCCCUUGGAUCGCUACUGUUCAAAUGGGAGGUUUCUUUUGUGGUGGUACGUUGAUUAGUAACCAAUGGAUCUUGACUGCAGCUCACUGCGCAGAAGGAAUGGUAGCCAGUGAUUUCACCAUCACCCUCGGAAUUCGCCAUUUGUCUGAUAACCAUGAGCAUAAGGAGGUAAGAGGAGCUGAUGACGUCAUCAUGCAUCCAAAUUACGGCGCGAUCAAUGGAAUAGCAAAUGAUAUUGCACUACUCCAUCUAUCCGAACCUGUAGAAUUCACUGACUAUGUGAGACCUGCUUGUUUAGCUACUCUACAAAACGAGACGAUGGCGUACAGUCGAUGUUGGAUCGCAGGAUGGGGAACCACGUACUUUGGAGCUGGUUCAGUUUCAUACGACCUUCAAAAGGCACUUGUUCAGCUUAUUAGCGACAACACCUGUAGUUCUCUGUACAGUGAGUACAGUAUUGUAGAAGAAGCAGAAUUAUGUGCUGGUUACAUUGAAGGCGGUGUAGAUUCUUGUCAGGGCGACAGUGGAGGACCGUUAACUUGUCAGGGUUCUGAUGGCCGUUGGCAUCUGGUAGGAUCUACGAGUUGGGGUAUAGGAUGUGCUGAGCCAAAUUACCCAGGAGUUUAUGCUAGGAUUUCAAAAUACACAGAUUGGAUUAAGGAUACUAUGGGAUACGAAGAACCUACCAUUCCAGAUAAUGAAGAUGACGAAGUUCAAGAAGACGAAACGGAAAUCAGUGUAUUUGGUAUUGGCGAAUCCUUGACAGUGGUCUCCCCAAAUUUUCCUGAUAACUAUAUCAAUGGAGCACAAAUGCAAUGGCUUGUAUCAGGUCCAGAAGAAUCCAGAAUAGUGGCCAUUAUUCAUUCCUUUGAGCUUGAACACAAACACGAUUACUUAUUAAUCGGUUCAGGUCUUGAUCCAAGCGAUCCUACUUCAUUACUUGUGAAACUGUCAGGUUCCAGUUUUCCUGAAGAAGUAGUCUCAAGCAACAAUGAGAUGUGGCUUAAUUUCACAUCAGAUAGCUCAAUCACAAGAAAAGGAUUCUGGAUAGAAAUAAUGGUGUUUGGUCCCUCCAACAUCACAGAUAAUUUCACAAACAAUGAAGUCAGUUUCUUCGGGUUUGGUGAAUCAUUGACCAUCGUAUCACCAAACUACCCUGACAAGUAUCCAAACGAUGCUGCUAUGAUCUGGCUUGUGUCUGGACCAGAAGAUUUUCAGGUUGUAGCCAAGUUUUACGCCUUUGACCUGCAAUUACCCCAUGACGUCCUUAGUAUUGGUUGGGGUCUAGAUGCCAGUGAUCAGUCAUCAGAGCUGAUAAGACGUUCAGGUUCUAAUCUACCUAAAGAUAUAGUUUCCAUCAACAAUGAAAUGUGGCUAAACUUUACUUCAGAUUCUACCGUCAGGGACGAAGGAUUUUGGAUUGAGAUUACAGUUUUUGGACAAGAAAAUUUUACAGAUGCAGUAAACGGGAGUGAAGUCAGCAUAUUUGGCUACGACGAAUCUUUGACCAUCGUUUCACCUAAUUAUCCGAAUAAAUAUCCAAACGAUGUGAACCUACAAUGGCUUGUUUCUGGACCAGUUGGCUACAAAAUAGUGGCUUUCUUCCGCGCCUUCCAUCUAGAAUCUGGACAUGACUUCCUCAUAGUCGGUUCUGGGUUGGAUCCGGGGAUCCAGUCAUCGCAGUUAUUCAAAUUAUCCGGCUCGUCAUUACCUGAAGAAGUUAUUUCUGAUAAUAAUGAAAUGUGGCUCAACUUUACAUCAGACAGCUCAAAUAGAAGGACUGGAUUUUGGAUUGAAAUCAAGGUCUAUGAAGCUGAUAAUCCUACUGAUGAUUGUGACUUCAUGUGCGGAGAUGGAACCUGUUUGAAAUCUGAUGAUGUAUGUAAUGGUAAAAACGACUGCUCGGAUUUCUCUGACGAAGAUUUAUGUCCCGAGUGCAGCGAUCUUCAAUAUUCAACAUGUGAAGCAGUACUCUCCUACGAUAGGACUUACUUCCCAAACCCAUCAGCCCAAGACCGUGAUACUGCAAUUAGUUUGAUUGAAGGAACAAGCAUCAUGGAAGAAUGUCAUGAAGACUUUCUGCUUCUCUUCUGUGCUAUGCUUUUUGCUGACUGUCCCCAUGGAGGCCCUUCUCGACGCCCUUGUAAGACACUCUGUGAGGAAGUCACAGAUGCAUGUCAAGUAUCUUACAACAUAUUGAUGGAUAAAGACUGGCCCAUUGAUUGCAAUCAAUUAAGUGAUGAAGGAAAUGUUGAAGAGACAUACUGUAAUGGCGGAGAAGGAGAUCUUACAGGAGAAUCAAUGUGCGGGACCCGUCCAGCUGUAGAUGACUAUCAGUCUAGAAUAGUGGGAGGAGUCAAUGCUGAUCUAGGGGAAUUCCCAUGGAUUGCUAAUCUUCGAAUGAAUGGUUUCUUGUGUGGUGGUACCUUGAUUAGUAACCAAUGGGUCUUGACUGCAGCUCACUGCGCAGAUGGAAUGGAAGCCAGUGAUUUCGUCAUCACCCUUGGUAUUCGUCAUAUGUCAGAUGAUGAUGAGCAUAAGGUAGUGAGAGGGGCUGACACGGUCAUCAUGCAUCCAAAUUACGGCGCUAUUAAUGGAAUAGCAAAUGAUAUUGCACUUCUUCAUCUAUCCGAACCUGUAGAAUUCACUGACUAUGUGAGACCUGCUUGUUUAGCUACUCUACAAAACGAGACGAUGGCAUACAGACGGUGUUGGAUCGCAGGAUGGGGAACUACGUCAUCCGGGGGUUCCAUUCCAAAUAUUCUUCAGAAAGCAUUGGUAAACCUUAUCGAACAUAGCACAUGUAGCAUGCUAUACAGUGACUAUGGUAUUGUACCGCAAGCAGAAAUAUGUGCUGGAUACGUCGAUGGUGGAGUUGAUUCAUGCCAGGGUGACAGUGGAGGACCAUUAACUUGUGAGGGUUCUGAUGGUCGCUGGCAUCUUGUAGGCGCUACUAGUUGGGGUAUAGGAUGUGCUUCUCCCAAUUACCCAGGAGUUUAUGCCAGGAUCUCGCAGUUCACAGAUUGGAUUAAGGAUAACAUGGGAUACGAAGAAUAAUCUCCAAUGUUUAGAUGGCUUUGAGGAAGGACUCUGAAGCUUACCAGAACGUCAGAACAAAAGGACAAAUCUAAUAUAUAUCAUUAAGUGAUCUUGAAUUGGUUCCCUGUUGAAACACAUGUGGAAAUAAACAUAUCGUGUGUGUGUGUGACUAAUUUUUCUCUCGUAAAUUGAAAAAAAAAUCAUAGAUUUCAUGCUGACCUAUUUUUUUUUCCUGCUGAAAAAAACAUCUUGAAUCGAAUGUGAACAGGACAAGUCGAAUGAUAACAAUAUGGUUAUUAAAUUUUAUACUUGCAUCGAUUUUUAUAUUUAUGAUGAUAUUUUACAUUUUGAAGUCAUAUUCGUAUACAAUUUCAUCUAAUCCAUAAUCGGUGUAACUGUUGCUUCCUGGAAAGAUUUCCCGGUAUAUGUCGCCCAGUUGAUUGUUAGUUGCAGAUACUUCAAAAGUUUUAGAGGUGUGCAUUUCUGUAUGAUAUAUGUAGCUGUAUACCCUUAAAAGUUUUGAAGCUAUUGCUUCUUAAGUCCUACUUCUUAAGUUGAUAUUGCUAUGAAUGUUUAUGAUGUGUGUAAAAGAUAAGAGAUAUUAUAUGUGGUGUUAAACUUAAAUUUUUAUUUAGUUUGCCUAUUUUGUGUAAAUAAUCUACUUCAUUAAUCAUGUAUGACAUUUCUGGACGAAAGCUAUACAGAAUAUCGGUUAAACAUUGAAAAUAGUACAACUAACAAGGGUACAGUUUUCUCUUAAAAUGAAAUAUGAAGGAAACUUUUUUUUCAACAAUGCCUCACUAUUUCCGUCCACUCAGGUGUUAAUACACUAAUUCUGGUGAGGGAGUGUUGGAGAUUUCACUUUCUGGUUGGUUAAAUUGUCAGACAUGCAUAAUUAUGGUAAUACCUUUAUCGGAACUUCAAACAUGUAUAAAGCACUCCAUGAUGUGAAGCAUGUUCAUGUGCUCUUUAAGUCGAUAGAGUGCUGGAUAUAUAGCUCCAAUAAUUCAUCUUGAUCAUUAACCCCAUCCUAUUACUUUCUUCAAAUUGUACACCUUUGACUUUUUUUUCGUUGUUGUUCACCAGAUUAGGCUAUGAAGUGUGAUUUAUUCUUGACCUAUUGCCGUUUUUGCAUCAAUGUAAAGUGUGGCCAAGGUUUACCUAAUAUAUUUUAGGAGUGAAUAUGAAAUUAUAUUUAAAACAAAAAAGUGAAGUACUCCAUCGUUUGCUUCUUUAAUGAUCUACUUUAAUGGCUGUAAAUAACAAUUAUUUUAUACAUUUUACUGUCUGUUUGUUAUGACAAUCAUUCUACAGGUUGAAUUAUCUGUAUUUCAUAAUAAACCAUUGUAAACCUUAUCUUAAUAAAAAUGUGUGUUUUUAAUCCUGAACAAAUAUUUGUCAUGGAGAG